AUGGGCAACAUUGCAAGCUCUGCCCUUGAUUUGGCGACCUUCUUCUUUGAUUUGUUCUCCUUACCCAAGGAAAGGGGCGGCUUUUUGACGCGCCAGUCUCUUUUACGAAUGCAGCAAAUGAAGACGCUCAAUGAUACCUGGUGUGAGGGCCCCACUGGACCUGGAAGCUGUUCCUAUGGAAUGGGUCUUUUGCAAGACCAACUUGGCCAGGACUUCUGGGUCUUGCAGGAUCCCACGGAAGACCUGUCCAAAAUCAAAGUCAUUGGGCAUCCCGGUGAGGACUGGGGAAGCGGAUGCUCACCUUGUGGCUUCAAUCGGAGGUAUGGCUUUGGGAUUUGCAUGGCCUACACCAGCGUCAUUGGCAUGAACUGUAGUGGAGAUUUCCGUGAGAACUUUCUAGCUGUUCAGACCGCCACCUGCUUGGCCUACGAUGCUGUUCUGAAAGUGCUGGGUGCCCCCCGUUUGAAUUGCACCAAUGCUGCCCUUCCAGAUCCGCCACAAUUGGUGCAGUGCGCUUGGGACCGCACCAACACCACCGUACCAUCACUACCUGCUUGGCAAAGGAGAUCGCCUCAUAUGGUGGUUCCAAGAGUUGAGACAUCUGAAAUCGUGGUUUGA